UCAAGUUCCAAAUCUUUUGUGAUGAAAAGAGAAACAAAUCUUUGGUUGCAUGGAAACGGAAAGAGGAUUGCUUUUUCUUAGGGUGAUGAUGGGACAUGGGCGGCACUACCUGCAGUGCCGACUUUCGUAGAACAAGUGCCAAUAUAAAUUUUGGGUUUUGGAUACUGGGUGGCAUCAUCUUCAUCACGUGCUCUCUCUCUUUUUUCUUCCUCUGCAAAUCUGAUCUGCUUUGUUUCUUUAACUGGGUUUUUCUCUUGGAAGCUGCUUUCUUGCAGAGUGCUUUUUUCUGGAGUUGGGUUUUUUUGGUUGACGUAGAGAGAGAAGGGAAGUAAGAAAUGGAGAGUAACAAUAAGUAUCAAGGCAAUUCAGGUUCCUCAUUGACUGCUGAUCUUUUUGGUGCCAAGGACAAGGAGUCUCCCCCCAAGUCUUCUACUGGGAUUUUUGCUUCCAUUUUCCCACCUCCAUCACAGGUGGUUGGGAGGAACUCUUCAAGCUCUGAGCUGACAGAAUAUUGGCAGAAGCAGUCGUCCUUGGGGAAUCAUGCAUGGAACUCCAAGCAAGCUAUAAGUGGCGAAGGUGCACACUAUAGCUUACCCAACAAGGACCGGAGUUCAGUUCUUCAGGAAGAAAGAGCAGAACCAUGUCAUCUAAGUUCAUCUAUUUACUAUGGUGGGCAAGAGGUGUAUUCCCAGUCCCCAAGUACCCGUUCCUCUGGAUCCUAUCCUAUAUUCAAGAAAGAUGGGGGAGAAGAUGAUCCAAAUGGAACCAACUCGAACAGUGCUGCCCGAGGAAAUUGGUGGCAAGGUUCGCUCUAUUAUUAGGACCUUGCCUUCCCUGGCCACAUGAAUUCUCAUCUAUUUUUCAAGGAAUUCACAAGGCCUGGGUUUUCAAGUAUGAAAGCGUAAUAUAAAUAAGUGGCUGAUGAGCGCAUUGGUUGCGAAAGAUGCUGGACAUGAAGUGCAAGCUUUUAUGUCGGUAUGGUCAACUGUUUCAUUGGGAUUUUAUCAAGAUGAUGGUUUUCAGAAAAUGUAGUGUUCUUACUACUCUCCGCUGGAGUUUGUUUCUGUGUGUGGUUUGAAAGUUUUGUUUUUUUUCUUUUCUUUUCUGUUAAAUUAAAGCCUCUGGAUGACUCGCAGGCGAAUGAUAUGAGCCUCUUGCUGUAUCAUUGUGAACAAUUAUGCUUGAAGUGAUUACGGUUUCUUAUGAAAUGUGUUUUAUCAUUAUGACACGUUUACGGUU